UCUUUUUCUACUGCUCUUGAAAGCAGUAGAAAAGCCGCUCUGCGCUUCCGAGCUUGUCUCCCCAGGAAAUCAAUGGUGCAUUCUUUCUGAGACCGCACGUGGAGUUACAUUUAGAAGGCGGCGACACUUUAUAAAUGGGUAGAGAGCAAAGCCUCUGCUUUACAGAAUUUAAUUAUGGAACAAGGAAGUUCCUGCUUUGAGUCAGAACUUGAUUUUUGUCCUGAGUGUGGUACUGUCCUGCCCCUGCCAGGUAUCCAAGAUAAGGUGAUAUGUCCCUGUUGCUCUUUCAACAUUGAUGUGAAAGAUUUUGAAAAGAGAAUCAUCCGUACAUCAAUCACAUUCAACAAGAUAGAUUCCUCUUCUUUGACUGCAGAAGAAGGAAAAGAAGUGAAGGGUCCACUGAUUGACAGAAAAUGUCCUCAGUGUGGGCAUGAGGGCAUGGCCUACCAUACCCGACAGAUGAGAUCUGCAGAUGAAGGACAGACAGUUUUCUACACCUGCAUCCAAUGCAAGUUCCAGGAGAAAGAAGACUCUUAAUUACCUUUGUCAAAACGUGUGGAAGACAGUACUUAAAACUCCAGUCGUGACAGAAAAGCCUUUUUGGAUUUUUAUGAAGAGACUGUAACGUUCUUAGGUCCUUUAGAAGCAUCCUGUUUAAAUUGGAUGACUGGCAACUGGUGACCAAUUUGCACAGUUCAAAUGAAAAUGGAAAAAGCAAAAAGAUAAAUGGCCUUGCAGAACUUCAAAAUUCCUUUUUCUCAACUGUUUGGAUGAGUGAAAGAACAGUAAUCAAAACAUGUGCUGAGUUCCAAGGUUCUCUUUA